AUGAGAGCUCAGGGACGGAAACUUGGAUCUGUCACUGUGACCGUUGACCUAAAUCAAUUCUCAAAUUCUAUUCCUAAAGCAUACAUCGUUCCUGAAACAGAAUUACGAUAUGGCGAGGCUCUUCAAUAUUUUGAUAGAUAUCGAGAGCUGCACCCAGAUGCCACUGUUCCUCCAAACUACCAGACGUUUAAGAGCUUCCUAGUAUGGGCUUCACUGCUGAAGGAAGGCAGGAUCGAGGAUAGCCCGUUGGGAAACAACCCGGAUGGAACACCGAGGAUUUUACCAUGUGUCGAUACUAUGAAGAGUUUUUUGAGGCGCUUCAUCGCGGCUUGGAGUCGCACAGAUAGACCGGAGAUCCCACGUCGAGUGGCUACGGCGAUGAAAGACUAUGUCCAAGGAGAUAUGAUAAUUCAAGCGCCAUUAUCAACAGCGGAGAUGCCGAAGCCAUGCCUCGCGCCGAAUGAUCUCGCCGCUCUGCUAAAGCAUCUCUGGUGCAAUGAUAGCUACAACUACCGCGGAAAAUGUGCAGAUCGUCAGCGGGUCGCACUGUCUUUUGCAACACUGGUCUAUUGCUUCACAAGUGCUCGGACAGGUGAAGUCCAUGAAUCAACGGCUCGCCGCAAAGCCAGCAGAAGCCAGUGUCAGUCUGGGGGGGUGGAAGAACAUAACUUGAUAUUCUCUGCUAAGGCUAUGGCAGCAUGCUAUAAGCAUUUCGAAUUGAGCGUUGAAGUUGUUGAAGGCGAGGUCAUGAUCGUUUUGUCAUAUAAGCGGUUGUUUGUCAAGGGUUUCAGGAAGAGGAAGGCAUGGGAGUUGCCUCUUCACGUCUUUUACGAAACAUACGUCCUCGACCAACCACUAAUGUUCAAUCCUAUUUUGUUCUUUCUCCCCAUGGCAGCCGCAGACCACGUAUUCAUGGGGUACACUUCUGCUAUCGAUAUUCUAGAUGCAGCCGACAAGGCCGCAGAGGCGUAUGGCAGUGGUAAUGUCAAUGACAGUCAUGUCCUGUUCAAGUAUGCUAUGAGACAAGACAUUGCGGAAUUUCCUGUCUUGCGCCCGUUUACAGAGUUGAAAAUUGAGGAUGCCACUGGACGAGCAAGAGGCGCGGACUCAUUUGCCAAACAAUUCGCGGAGCUUGGACAUCGUGCUGGAUACCCUGAUCGUAUCACAGCCCGUGCGUGUAGAAGAUGGGCUCUUAUGGAAGCAGAUCGCAAUGGAAGUGAAAAUGCCCGAAUGAAGCUUGCAGGGCACCUAGAUCGAAGACAAUUCAGCAAGGCUUAUGCACAUCCACUUUCAGAUAUUGACGGCCAGGCCAGUUAUCUGGGUACACGAGACCGGAGAGGUCAUAUAACCAAUAGAAGAGGAAUGGAACUCCAAAAACACCAGGUCGUAUGGGAGAGCCUCCCCGCAAAACUUGAAUUUGAAUUCGAGGAGCGUAACGAUGUCGCCGCCAUUCAGAAAGAAAUGCAAAAUUUGGACGAGGAAUUGAAGUCUUCGGUAGCCAUGGACGCAGUUAGAGAGAUAGAACUGGAAAAAAGGCGACUGCAAUAUCGAAAACGCUCACUUUAUGACCAAGAACUACAAAGGUUUCAUAGGACAAAUCCGGAUAUGACAAACAGCGAAGCAUGUUUACCAUUUCAUUAUACCCGGAGAGUGAUGCCAGAUCGUGAUUUAUUGGCGGAGUUAUUACCACGGCUAGGGAAACUGCGGAGCGAUGAUGGAAGGAAGGCUGUCCAGGCUCUAGAAAAUUUAUGCGUAACAGAUACAACAAUCUGUUAUCGCCGAGGUAUCCAUCCUUUAGAUGGAGAUCAGUGUGGUUCCUGUGGCACUUGCAUAGAAGACCUCUUCGCUCAUCGCAGAUGGUAUCAUCUAUAUCGGUGCUAUCAAAGCAAACUGAGCAAAAUGGGCAAUGAUGAAUUCGCUGAUUUCUGUUUUGAAUGUGACCUGUGGAUCAACAACAAGCUUGAAUGGGACCAACAUUGUCAGCAUCAUCUUGAUACACCAGAAACUCUAGUCCGAUGUGAUCCUAUCAUAUUUCGAAAUGCUUUAGUCAAAGCAGGUUAUUGCCCAUUUUGCCUAGGUGACAAUGAUCAGGACGCGAAUAGCCGUGUGCGGCAGUUUAUUGAUAAGUCAAAGUGGCAUGAUCAUAUUGAAUCACAUCUUGAGAGUCUAACUGUUGACUUUACAUGCUGUCAUCCAGCAUGUUCAAUGAAUUGUGAUUCAUUAUCGGAUUUGGUACAACACUUAUGGGACCGUCACUAUUUUAGAAGAUUACGUGGUAGGAAACGCAAGGUGGAAGAGUUAUAG